AUGGGAACAGUACGCCCGGAGCAGAAUGCUCGUCCUUGGCUCUGCCUCCUCCUCCUGCUGGGCUUCUUGGUGUCCACUUCAGCAGCCUGGGACCUAGUUGUACUCCACACCAAUGACGUUCAUGCUCGGGUGGAGGAGACCAGCGAGCGCUCCGGGAAAUGCAGCAGCAGCAGUGGGUGUUUUGCCGGGGUGGCCCGGAGAGCCACGAUGAUCAAGAGGAUCCACAGCAACGAGAGCAACGUGCUGCUGCUGGACGCUGGAGACCAGUUCCAGGGGACUAUCUGGUUCAACCACUACAAGGGAGCCGAGGCUGCGUAUUUUAUGAACGAACUGAAAUAUGAUUGCAUGGCUUUUGGAAAUCACGAGUUUGAUAAUGGAGUGGAGGGACUCAUGAGACCGUUUUUGGAGCAGAUCAAUUUUACAGUUCUCAGCGCCAACAUCAAAACAGACAGAACUCUGGCUUCAACUUUUGGCAGCUCUUAUUUACCUCAUAAGAUCCUUACUGUUGGCAGCGAGAAGGUGGGAGUGAUUGGAUACACAAAAAAGGAAACUCCAUCUCCAAACUCGCCAGGACCACACCUGCAGUUCGAGGACGAGGUGACUGCCGUGCGGCGGCAGGUGGUUGAACUGCAGAAGCAGGGAGUCAAUAAGAUCAUUGCACUGGGUCACUCAGGCUUUGAUGUGGAUAAGGAGAUCGCCAAGAAGGUCAGCGGAGUCGACCUUGUCAUCGGUGGACACAGCGACACUUUCCUCUAUACAGGAUCCCCUCCCUCUACUGAAGUCCCUGCUGGUCCUUAUCCACUCAUGGUGCAAUCAGACGACGGGCGGCAGGUUCCUGUUGUGCAGGCCUAUGCCUUUGGAAAAUAUCUGGGUUAUCUGAAGGUGACCUUUGAUGAUAAAGGCAAUGUAGUAAAUAGAACAGGAAACCCCAUCCUGCUGGACAGCAGCAUCCCACAGGGUAAAGACACCAAAACAAAAUCCGCCUCUCUUGUUUUCUAUUCAGUUUUUGUGGUGGGAAACACUCUGGUCUUCCUGAACGCGUCACGUGAGGAGUGUCGAUUUGGGGAAUGCAACAUGGGGAACUUGAUCUGUGAUGCUAUGGUCGACAACAACAUCAGGUUCUCAGACAGUGUUCAGUGGAACCACGUCAGUGCCAGCAUCAUCAACGCAGGAGGCAUUCGCAAGUCUAUUGAUGAACGUACCAGAAACGGUUCAAUCACCAUGGAGGACGUGAUCGCCGUCUUACCAUUUGGAAAUACUUUUGACCUGCUGGAGCUGAAUGGAUCGACACUGUUUAAAAUCUUUGAACACUCAUUGAAACAGUAUGGCCAGGACCCAGGAGAGUUCCUCCAAGUAUCAGGAAUUGAAUUAGAGUUUGACCCCUCUAAACCUGAGGGGAAUCGUGUAAAGAGCCUCAGCAUCCUCUGCGUGCAGUGUCGAGUUCCUCGCUACGAACCUGUUCAGCCCGAGAUGGUUUAUAAAGUGGUGAUGCCAUCCUUCAUAGCGCAGGGUGGAGAUGGAUUCUCCAUGAUCCCAGACGAGAGGCUCAACCACGACACCGGGAAUUUGGACAUUUCAGUCCUGUCUGAAUACAUCAUGAAAAAUCAGAAACUUUAUACACCUCUUCAAGGACGCAUUAAGGUCCUCAACUCAACUUCUGGACAAACUACUUCACUGAUUAUUCUGGUCUCACUUGGGCUGCUGUGGUCUCUGUGUGGGAGCAUGGAAGGCUGA